GUCCCACUCUUUUCUCUUUGCUCCGUGGCAUUUUGCAACACAGGCUGUGUGCUGCUGCUGGUUUCACACCAAACCCUCAGCCGUAAGGACACGUACAGAUGGAAAGACACUGGCCGAGGUGAUCAUCUUAUGGAUUUACUGUGGACCCAUGUGUGAAAAUGCUGACACAUCGAAACAAGACCUUCACAGUAUGAAGACAAGAAUGAAAGUCGACAGAAGUCUUUGAAAGCCUCACUUCCUCUUGCUAAAAAUAUGCUCAGGAAAAAAAUUGUGAAAGGCUUCCCAAACCUCUGAGAUGGCGUGCAGAAGUAGAUUUUAAGUAAUGUGAAUGAGUUCAUCUCAGAGGAGACCAGAGGGGGAAAGGGAAUGCUGAGCUGCCCGCUAUAGCUUGUAUGUGAGCGCCAUGCCCAGGCGGGGGUUGCCGCUCCAGGGCCGGGUCCGCUGGCUCUUCCUGGGCCUCUUCCUGCUGCUGGUGCUGCUGCUGUUCGCGUACCUGCUGGAGUGCACCCCUCCGGCAGACAUCAGCCUGGUCCUGCCCGGCAUUGCGGGCGAGGCCUACGGGAAGGAGUACUACCAGGCCAUGCUGCAGGAGCAGGAGGAGCGCCACCUGAACCGCGCCGCCAGCCUGAAGCGCCAGAUCGCCCAGCUCAAGCAGGAGCUGCAGGAAAUGAGCGAGAAGCUGAAGCUCAUGCAGGAUAAAAAGGAGCCACCCGGGGUGCAGGGAUUGGCCGAGGCUAAAGACCAGGAGCCGGGAGAUCUGCUGGAGUACCUUCACUCUCAGAUCGACAAAGCUGAGGUCAACACGGGGGCGCGCCUGCCCAGCGAGUACGCACUGGUGCCCUUUGAGAGUUUCACCUCGUCCAAGGUGUACCAGCUGGAGAUGGGACUGACACGGCACCCGGAGGAGAAACCUGUCCGCAAAGACCGCAGGGACGAGCUGGUGGAGGUCAUCGAGGCCGCGCUGGACAUCAUCAACAACCCCGAUGAGGAGGACGGCGUGGAGGACGACAUGCCAAUGCAGAGACAAACCUACACAGAGGGUCACUUUACUGAAGGUCUGUACAGGACCGAACGGGACAAAGGAUCGCUCUACGAGCUCUUCUUUGCCAAAGAGGAUUCCAGCAGCUUCCGCCACGUCACGCUCUUCAGGCCUUUCGGCCCCUUGAUGAAAGUCAGGAGCACAUCUGUGGAAACAUCAGGAAUGAUAAUCAACAUCAUUGUGCCGCUGUCAGGCAGAGUCGACACAUUCUCACAGUUCUUGCACAACUUCAGGGAGGUGUGCAUACAACAGGACAGACGUGUUUACCUCACUGUGGUUUAUUUUGGGCAAGAGAGCCUGCAAGAGGUGAAGUCAUCUUUGGAAAGAAUGUCGAGGGAGGAGAAUUUCUCCAAUUACACUCUGAUACCAGUGGAGGAGGAGUUUUCCCGCGGUCGGGGUCUUGACAUCGGAGCCCACGCUUGGAAGAAAGGCGACGUCUUAAUGUUUUUUUGCGACGUGGACAUCCAUUUUACACUAGAAUUCCUCAACACCUGUCGUCUCCACGCUGCUCCCAACAAGAAAGUCUUCUAUCCAGUGGUGUUCAGUCUGUACAAUCCUGCCAUCGUCUACGGAAAUUUGGAGCUGGCUCCACCCAUCGAACUCCAGCUGAUCCACAAAAAGGAUGCUGGAUUCUGGAGAGAUUUCGGUUUUGGAAUGACGUGUCAGUAUCGCUCAGAUUUCCUAAAUAUCGGGGGGUUCGAUCUCGAAGUGAAAGGCUGGGGUGUCGAAGACGUCCACUUGUACAGGAAGUAUCUCCGGAGCGACCUGAUCGUGAUGCGGACGCCGGUGUCGGGUCUCUUCCACAUGUGGCACGAGAAGCAGUGCGCGGACGAGCUAACGCCGGAGCAGUACCGCAUGUGCAUCCAGUCCAAAGCCAUGAACGAGGCCUCGCACUCUCAUCUGGGCAUGCUGGUUUUCCGCGAGGAGAUCGAGGCUCACCUACGCAAGCAGGCCUUCAAGACUCAGAGCAAAGCAGAGGACUGAGCAGCACUCUG